AUGGACUCCGCACACCCAGCCACCAACCAGCUGAAGACAGCCGAAAGCCGGCGCGAAAGCUUCGGCUCGCAAACCUCGCAGACAGCCAGAGAGUUCAUUGAUUCUCAAAUUCAGCUCGAAGCUGACGCCCGAGAAAUUCUGCCCUAUUCCUUCGACUCAUGUACCCAUGACCUCGGACCAUUGCGCCAGAGCCUCUUCGCUUGUCUGACCUGUAACCCCGUUCCCGACAACUCCGAUGACCCGUAUACUCCCGCCGCGGUCUGUUAUUCGUGCUCUAUCGCCUGCCACGGCGAACAUACUCUCGUCGAACUUUUCAAUAAGCGCGGCUUCGUUUGCGAUUGCGGUACGACUCGCAUGCCGACUACAUCUCCCUGCACACUGCGCGAAGACCCGAAGACCGGUCGUAAAGGCGUUCACUCCCAAGAAGCCUCCCCGAACAACAAAUACAACCAUAAUUUCCGAAACCGAUUCUGUGGCUGUGGAGAGAAAUAUGAUCCUCACCAGGAAAAAGGGACUAUGUUCCAAUGUUUGGGUCUUGGGACGGUUGAGACUGGGGGUUGUGGCGAGGACUGGUGGCACCCCGAGUGUCUGAUCGGACUGCCGAGAGAUUGGCACAAGGCCAACGGAGUCAACGGAGUUGCAAAGACAGAGCCGAUUGAAGGAGGCGAUGCUACUACCGAUGAAAGAGCGCUCGAAGAAGAAGACGAAACACCCCUCCCGCCCGGAUUCCCCGCCGAAGACGAUUUUUGGCAACUUAUUUGCUUCAAGUGUCUCGAUUCGGCCCCGUGGCUGAAGAAGUAUGCCGGAACACCGGGUUUCCUUCCACCUGUUUUUCAGAAUGGUGGUUUAGAGAAGAAAUCGGCCGCUGUAGAUGAGACUAAAGACCCUAAGAUUGAGGAGCAGAGUGAACCACCAUCCGAACAAAAAGAGCAAAUCGAUAACCCGAAGAAGCGCAAGGCAGAAGAUGACAUUGACAUCCAAGAAGAGCCAACAGCAAAGAAAGCCAAAGAGGAAAAGCGAGAGAUGAAGAUGAAGAUACAACCCACCAACCUCUCGCCUCAGAUAUCAAAAUCAAACAACCACACCUCACCACAAUCGAAGAAGAACCCACUUCACCCCCAAAACCAAAGCACACCUCCCUCCCCCCCCUCAGCACCAACAACCUCCUUCUCCCUCUUCCUCCAACAAGAUUUCCACGACCACAUCUGCCGCUGCGCAGAAUGUUACCCCCACCUCGCGCCCUACCCCCAACUCCGCGAAGAAGAAGACACAUACGAACCCCCGCUCUCGGACGACGGCGAAGCCAACGCAGCAGCAAGCACCGGCACGGGCAGUCUUCUCGAACGCGGCGAAGCAGCGCUCAGCAACGUCGACCGCGUGCGCGCUAUCGAGGGUGCGAUGAUCUACAACCACCUCCGUGACAAGGUGAAGGAUUUCCUGAAGCCGUUUGCCGAGAGCGGCCAGGCUGUUAGUGCGGAGGAUAUCAAGGGGUAUUUUGAGAAACUGCGUGGUGAUGAACAGGGGAUUCAGGAUGCUGCGGGUCAGGCGGAAGCUAUGGGUGGUAAUGCCGGUGGGGAAGGGGAUGAUGCUGGUGAUAGUCGGCGUGAGCAGAAUGGGUAUUGA